GGAAAUAAGAGGAGAAUGCCGGUAGCGGCAUUCUUUCUCGGCAGGAAAUGGAGAUGGGAGGAGGCAUACAGGUUUUCCAGCGCUCGCUGCUUGGCCGCGUUUUGCGGCAGCCAGCUCGUGGAGACCGCAGUGGCAGGGCUGGAUCGAGCGAUCCAAGCUCGCGGGAAGAAGGCGGCAUACAACUGGGCCAAGGAUCCCAUCCGGCCGGAGAUGGUGGAUGCCGAGGCCAUCGUGGCCGCUGUCAAGGCUGGGCGAUUGGACAAGCGCUUGGUCUCACACCUCCGGGACUCGACACGCAUUGCGUGCCUGGUGCUGAGCCAUCUCGUGCUGCCCGAUCAGGCCGUGAGCUUCUUCGUCUGGGCCGCGAGGCAGGAUGGAUUCAAGCACGACAUCACCUCCGCCAACCAGCUGCUGGAGACGCUCGUCCGGUGUGGCCGAUCCAUGGACGCGUAUGGCAUCUUCAAGCAGCGCUUCAGCCGGAUGUUCAAGCCCAAUGCUUUCACGUACACGGUGCUCGUCCGGGGGCUCUGCGACGCCGGGAGGAUCGACGAGGCAUGCGAGGUCUUCAACGAGAUGCAAGGACGGGGUGGCAUCGAGGCCAAGACGGCGAUCUACAGCGUGCUGCUCAACGGGCUCCUGCGAUCUGGGAAGCUGGACGAUGCGUUUUCUUACUACCAGAUGAUGCAAGAGACUUGCCAGCCGGAUUCGUCGACGUAUAGCACCAUGAUCUACGAGCUCAGCAGGCAAGGGCGCUUGGAUCACGCCACCAAAGUCGCGCAGGAGAUGGUGGACAAGGACAAGAUACCCGACAUGCCGUGCCUGGGUGUUGCUCUGGAGAUCCUGUGCCGGUGUGGCCGGGUGAGCGAUGCGUGGAAGCUCCUGAGGAUGAUGAAGGAGAAGCAUUUCAAGCCCGACGCGGUGCCGCACACGUACGUGCUUCGGAAGUUCUGUGAGGCGGGUCGUCUGGACGAGGCUCUCAAAGGUUUCGAGGAGAUGACUGGAAACGAGAAGUGCGAGCCCGAUUUUGUCACGUACAGCGUGAUCGUGGACGGGCUGUGCAGCGCACAGCGGCUGGAUGACGCUUGGAAGUUCAUGGAGAAGAUGGUGGCCAAGGGAAGAAUGCCGGAUGUUCGAACGUUCCGGAGCUUGGUGGAAUCGCAUUCCAAACCGAGGCUUGUGGAAGAUCGAGGGAAGCUCGAGGAUGGCAAACGAGCAAAGCCGACGGCGACCAUGUAUACGCUCCUCUUGUAUGGGCUUUUGAGGAAGGGGAGAGCCGGGGAAGCGAUGGAGCUCUACCAGCAGGUGCUAUCGGGAUCCACAAGGCCGAGCUUUCUUACGUACUGGGUGAUCAUCGAUGGCCUUGGCAAGGCUGGCCGGGGUCUGGAAGCCGACGAGGUGUUCUCGGACAUGAUCCGGGGAGACGUAUCGCCACAGACGGUCACUUACAACGCUCUCAUCUCCGGGCUCUGCCGGGUUGGCCGCGUUGAAAGAGCUCUGGAGCUGUUCAGGGAGAUGCCACAGCGGGAGUGCCGGCCAGACGCGGCGACUUACGGGGCUCUGCUAGAUGGGAUUUGCAAGGCUGAGAGAGCCGACGACGCUGUCACGCUGCUCCGGGAAGCGUCAGAGAGUGGAGUAGAGAUCGAUGUGGCUGUGCACGAGGCUGUUGUUGCGAUGCUUAAAAGCACUGGGAGAGUGUCCAAGGAGAAUGUUACUGCCAGAAUGGAAACGCGAGAGUAAGCCGUUCACAGAUGUUCUAACAUUCCAGCAGCAGAGAUAACUCUUACGAGACCGUGCUUCCAGAA